AUGCAGAGAGACCUUGGCUCCAGGGUCCAGGAUGUGAACCAGUGUCUGAGGCAUAGUCAGGAUUCCAGAAACAGGAGAGAGAUUGGAUUAGAUCAAGGAGAAGGUGCAUUCCUUCACUGGGAGGUUGUGAUUCUGUUUUUACAAUUUCACUCUGGACCAAGCAUCCCUCAGAGCCUGGUGGACCUGCUUGUUCCGCAGAGUGUAAAUGAUCGGGUUCAGCAGCGGCGUCACCACUGUGUUCACAAGAGCAGCCUCUCUGUUGGAGUCCAGCCUAUCCAUUUGCUUCGGCUUCACAUAUAUGAAGACACAGCUGCCAUACACCAGAGAGAGGACAAUGAGUCAUUAUGCGGUUGUCCCAUGCCUUGUCCAGCUCUUUCCUCUGUGACGGGAAGCUUUGUCAACAAUGACGUGCACAUUAUCAGGGGUUACAGCUUCAUGUCUACCCCAUCUGCUACUGUGUGUGGGAAUGAGAUGCCAGCUCCCCUCACCAUCAUCAGACCAGUACUGCUUAACUUCUACUCUAAUGAGCAAAUCACAGGCUUCGGAUUCAAGUUUUCCUAUAGGAUAACCUGGCCUCAGCAAGGAUGUAGUGGUUAUCUGACAGGUUCGAAUAAUACCUUUGCCUCUCCUGAUUCAGAUUCGAAUGGAAUAUAUGACAAGAAUUUAAACUGUGUAUGGAUCAUAAUUGCACCUGUAAAUAAACGAAUUCACCUCACCUUCAAUACGUUUGCUCUGGAAGCAGCAAGUACUAGGCAAAGAUGCCUUUAUGAUUAUGUAAAGUUAUACCAUGGGGUUAGUGAAAAUGCCAACUUGGCUGGAACGUUUUGUGGUUCCACUGUACCUGCUCCUUUUAUCUCUUCUGGUAACUUCCUUAUGGUUCAAUUCAUCAGUGACUUAACAAAGGAAGGAUUUAAUGCUACAUACACCAUCAUGGACAUGCCUUGUGGUGGAACAUACAAUGCAGCUUGGACCCCACAAAAUAUUUCAUCACCCAAUUCAUCAGACCCAGAUGUCCCAUUUUCCAUCUGUACUUGGGUCAUUGACGUCCCUCCAUAUCAGCAGGUCAAGAUAACUGUGUGGGUGUUACAGCUGAGCUCAUAAGACUGCAUGCAGAAUUACUUAGAGCUUCAGGACUCACCACAGAGUCAUGGAAAUUCAAGAAUUCAGUUCUGUGGCAAAAAUGCUUCGGCUGUGCCAGUGUUUUAUUCUUCUAUGAGUACUGCAAUUGUCAUUUUCAAAUCUGGAGUUUUAAACAGAAAUUCUAGAAUAAGUUUCACCUAUCAGAUAGCAGAUUGCAACAGAGACUAUCACAAGGCAUUUGGCAACCUGAGGAGUACUGGAUGGCCAGAUAACUAUGACAGUGACAUGGAUUGCACCAUUAAUCUCACAGCCCCUCACAACCACACCCUCUUUUUUCAUUUGUUUGGCAUUGAGAACUCAAUUGAAUGCAGAAAUGAUUUCUUGGAGGUGAGAAAUAGGAGUAACAGCAAUUCACCAUUACUGGGCAAGUACUGUGGAACUCUGCUGCCAAACCCUGUCUUCUCUCAAAAUAAUGAACUAUACCUACGAUUUAAGAGUAAUAGUGUAAUUUCUGAUCAUGGAUAUGAAAUCAUCUGGACCUCAUCACCCUCUGGAUGUGGUGGAACUCUUUAUGGAGACAGAGGCUUAUUCACUAGCCCCGGCUAUCCAGGCACCUAUCCAAACAACACGCACUGCCAGUGGGCACUGGUAGCUCCUGCUGGAAGGCUUCUCACCGUCAACUUUUACUUCAUCAGCAUUGACAAUCGAGGAGACUGUGUCCAGAACUAUCUCAUGCUCUACGAUGGGCCCAACGUCAGCUCUCCAUCCUAUGGACCAUACUGCAGAGGGGACACCAGCAUAGCUCCCUUCAUGGCUUCCUCAAAUCAGGUCUUCAUAAAAUUUCAUGCUGAUUAUGCACGGCAUCCAUCCACAUUCCGAUUAACUUGGGACAGCUAA